AUGGCUGAAAUGAGUAAUAUCAAUAUACAAAAACUUACCAUUGUUCAGCAAGCAAUAGCCUCUUGUUGUGGAGCUAUAAUUACAUCAUUAUUUGUAACUCCUCUUGAUGUUAUCAAAACUCGACUGCAAACCCAAAACAAUCCGUUCCAUAAAGGAAAGUGUUUUGUGUCCUCCAAUGGCCUUAUGGAUCAUGUAUAUGUUUGUGAAAAUGGGGACAGCAAAGCCAGGUAUAAAAAACCUGGGCAUUUCAAAGGGACAUUGGAUGCAUUUGUGAAAAUAAUUCGAAUAGAGGGAAUUAAGUCACUGUGGAGUGGACUUUCCCCAACACUAAUAAUGGCAGUUCCUACCACAGUAAUCUAUUUUACUUGCUAUGACCAGCUGUGUGAGGCUUUGAAAAAUAGACUAGGAAAGCAUGAUGAGCACAUUCCAGCUAUUGCAGGUUCCUUAAGCAGAUUCAAUUCUGCUACUGUGGUGAGUCCCCUGGAGCUGAUCAGAACUCAAAUGCAGUAUCGCAGGUUGUCCUACAAGCAGCUGUACCUGUUAAUCAGCACCAAAGUGGCUGUAGAUGGGUGGUCCUCCCUGUGGCAGGGCUGGACUUCUACUAUUCUGAGAGAUGUACCUUUCUCAGCAAUGUAUUGGUAUAAUUAUGAACGUUUCAAGAAGAUGAUGUGCAAGGAAGUUGGUGCAAGUGAACCUACAUUUUUUGUUUCUUUUACUUCAGGAGCAGCAUCUGGCUCUAUUGCAGCUGUCACAACUCAGCCAUUUGAUGUAGUGAAAACACAUAGGCAGACUCAACUUUGGGAGAGUGAGACCUUAAAAAUUCCACAGAGGGACAGUAAAGCAACCUGGGCAAUUAUGAGGAAAAUUGUCGCUAGAAAUGGGAUUUCUGGAUUAUUUGCUGGUAUUACGCCACGGCUGUUUAAAGUUGCUCCUGCUUGUGCCAUAAUGAUCAGCACAUAUGAAUAUGGAAAGUCUUUCUUUUCUCAUUUAAAUGAAAAACAGAAUCAACGUCCUUAA